CCAAAAUGGCGGAAAGAUGGAGCCUGCAACUCACUUUCGCCUUAAUUGCUUUAAUAGCUGCUAUCUUCUACAGUGGUAAAGCACAGUUCGUUUUUAAUAAGAUAAAUCAGAUUAUUCAUGGAAAGAGAGGCUGUUCUCCAAUUGCAAGUAUAGGCCAGGUGACGCUGCAUUAUUUUGGAACAAGAGGACGCGCCGAGGGUAUACGACUGAUAAUGGAAGGUUCUGAAAUACAAUACUCAGAGACUAAUUUUUCUAAGGCGGAUUGGCCGGUAAUUAAAGAAAAAGGAAUAGAAACAGGCCUGUUUACUUUUGGUCAAGUUCCAGCUAUUACUACUACUACGGGAUUACAACUUGUUCAGAGUAAAGUAAUUAUGCAUCAUAUUGGCCGGUCAGUGGGUCUUGAUUGUGACUGUUCAGACAUUCAUAUUUGUGAAACCCUGGUGUUUGGUGCAGAGGAUUUGAGAGCAAAGCUUGGCCCAGUCCUCUAUAAUCCAGAAUUCUCUGCCAAGUUACGGGAUGAUCACAUCCAAUCAGUUGUGUACACUUGGUUGUCAUAUUUUGAAAAGCUUGCCCCUGUUGAAGACAACAGCACUGAUGCCGAUGGAUUGUUCUUUGCUAGCAAUCGAAUGACGUGGGUGGACUAUGUCAUGUUUGAUCUCCUAGAUACUUAUGUUGAGUUUGGAAGACUUAACUUUGGAGAUGAUGAAGCACCUACAAUAGAUGUUUUGGAAAAUUUUCCAAAGCUUAAGGCAUUUUAUGAGUAUUUUGCUGGCAGAUCUAAUAUUGCAAAGUAUCUUAAAGCUGAGAGAAGAGUUCCAUUUAGGCUGUGAUUUAAAAGAAAUCUCUGAGUCACCUUAGAAUCAUUGUAAGAAGGAUUUUGAGAUAAUCCACAAUUUUUAGAUGGUUGCUAAAGUAUAUUAUUUAUUUGGCAAUACCUCCAUAUUGCAUAUGUUAUGGACCGCUGAGGUUGUUUUUAGAAUAAAGUACCUGUACUCUCUGUAAUUUAGAGGCAACAUUUUGAAAGAGAAAAAACAGAAAAAAAGAGCUUGUCAAAAAAAAUUGUAAGUUUGUAAACAAUGAAAAGUUAGUGUAGUUGCAGUUCUUGUAUUUUGCACCAAUGCCAGAGACAAACAUUUGCAUGUAAGACCUACACAUGUCUAUUUAUAUGAUAUUUCUGGGCUUUAUUAGGUAUGUUAGGUAGAAACAUUUAUGUUAAAUAUUGUAUUAUCUACUAUUGAUGAUUGGUGGUCCCUUUUUGGAUACUAAACAAUGUUUUGAUAUUUUUAGGGUUUGCACAUAAAGUUGUAAGUUGUAACUUUUUCGAUAGCAUCUUAAUAUUGAAAUAAAAAUGCGUCCUACUAUCAAA